AAGUUCCAGUGCGUCUUAGCGCACGCAGCUAGACACUCCUGAGACUUUUAAAUCCCUCCUUAAGACUUCAAGGUUGGAGCUCUGCUCGAACAGAGAGAGGGAGAGGGAGAGAGAGAGAGAGAGAGAGAGAGAGAGAGAGAGAGAGAGGAGAUUAAAUAUAGCGGCGAGAGCGCAGGGUUUAAAAACAUGUAAAAUCCGAGCGCAUCAAUCUAACUCGCCUAUAUCUACGUGAAUUCUUCGAGUUGACUUGCAUGCAAUGCGACUGUUUGCAAAAUUAGCAAUUUCACGAAUUCACCUAACAUUGCACAUUCUAGCAGUACAAUAGGGAAAUACAUAAACCAGGUUUAGAAUGACGACCCUGUUGCUGUUCUGUUUUGGGAGCCUACUGUUCGGUUCCGCAGCCGGUACCGGGUUCCUUUACCAGGUUUCAUCGGCGGCUCUGCAGCAUGUGAACCCAGGACAGCGUGUAGGACCCCAGUCUGAAUCCGCCUCACACCGCCGGAACUGGUGCCAGUACACGGUGACGAAGAUGGUGUCUUGCCAGGUGCACAAUGGCUCAGAAACGGUUGUCCAGCGGGUUUACCAGAGCUGCCGCUGGCCAGGACCCUGUGCCAACGUCGUCAGUUACAGGACCCUCAUCAGGCCCACCUACAGAGUGGCGUACCGCUCGGUGACGGCGCUGGAGUGGCGGUGCUGCCCUGGCUUCCUGGGGGACGACUGCAGCGAGGAGUGUAUGAACUGCACCAGCUUCUCUGACGUGAACAACAGGCUCAGCGUCCUGGAAUCCAAGGUUAUGAAGCUGGAAAAUGCAACAGGAAAUCCAAUGGGAAGUCCAGGGAACGAGAUUUACCCACCGAGACCCGUUCCCUCUGGCCAGCCAGGACCGCAAGGACCCCCUGGCGUCAGGGGCCCACCAGGGCUGGCCGGACCCCCAGGAGAGAGGGGGCCAAUCGGGGAGCGCGGCCACAUCGGACCAGUAGGGCCAGAGGGGCGACCAGGACUCUUGGGGCCGAGGGGGUACCCCGGGGAGACCGGAGUACCUGGACCUCCCGGGCCCCCGGGGCCCCCAGGGCCCCCCUUCCCCAGGGGAGACGUCUACUGGCUGGAGCCCACAACCGAGGGGGACAAUGGGGUGUCUCCCCCGCCCCCCACACAGACAGACUCAACUCAGACUGGAAGACCAGGGCCGCCAGGACCAGCGGGCCCCCCAGGGCCCCCUGGUUCAACCGGCCCCCCAGGGACCCCAGGGACCCCAGGACCCCCCGGGCGUGACGCAGAGGGAGGCUUUGCUGGCCGGCCAGGUGCAAAGGGCGAGGUGGGAGACAGGGGGCCUCCAGGAAGGACAGGGGAAAUGGGUCUGCCUGGAGAACCCGGGUUGAAAGGGGAGAAGGGAGAGCCAGGAGAGAGAGCAGGGGAGGACGAGGGCGUGCAGCAGCUCAGGGAGGCCCUGAAGAUCCUGGCCGAGAGAGUUCUCAUCCUGGAGCACAUGAUCGGCAUCCACGACCCCUCCUCCUCAGUGGAGCCUGGCUCCGGAUUGGAUCUAUCAGGAUCCGCCCAGCUUCCCAGCAUAAAGACGAAGAGGGCGGGGUGGGAUCACCUCCUCCUGGCUGACAGCAAUCUGAUUGGACAGGACAGUGAGGGGCUGGGCCAUGAGUAGCCUGCCUGGGAGGCGCGCAUCGAGAGCUUCGGAUGAAAUGGCACAAAAAAGUUGCUAAAGUUGUGACAGCCCAGGCACAAAAGGGAAUCUUUUUAAUCUAUAUUGUAAAACCAAAAAAUGCUUAUACACUUUUUAAAUCUACUUAAUCUGCGUGUCACAAAUUUGUACAGUAGCAUCCAAAUCUGACCCCCAGUCCUGGGCCUCUCUUGAGCAGAGCCUGACAGUUUGUGCUGAAUUGUGUGCUGGUUUUGUGGACUAAUGUCAGUGCUGGAUUACGUUACGUUUCUGUUUGUUUUAUGCUUGCCAACGAAACAAACAUUUAUUUUUAAUUUCCGGUGCAAAGCCUUGACAUUCUUAUUGUGCAGCAGCGUUUGUUGUUCCACGGUAUAUCUGGCCUUCAUUUUAACAGGUAUUUAAACAGAGUGGGCUGUAUUUCUGAAUUAAUGUGAGUUCUGGAAACUUACAGAAUAUCAGCAACUUGCAUAUUCCUCUUCCAUUUAUAGAAACAUCUACAAUGAUCAUGCAAUUGAGAUCCCGUUUGGUCUUCCUGCACUGGCGAGGCCAUGGAUAUAUAUUAAACGUAUGGGUUUGUUUCCAGAAGUUAUUCAGCACACUGUGAAUGAAUUCUGUCAGUCUGCAGUGUGCGCAUUCAUGCAUUUCUGAAAAGUUUCGCUGAUAUUUUUACUCAUUCGUUCAUUCUGAUUGCUACAUGUGAUAUUCCUGUGUAACUCGCUAUCAAAACUCUAGCCGUUGCCUGCUGGGUGAAUUUGAGCAGCAGCGGCUUACAAAAGGAGGAAACAACUGUAUAUCCGUGUACAGGGAUGGAAAGAAGACUCCCAUUGCACAGCAGUUUGAUCCAUUCCUGGUUUUACUGUGAGUUUAACAGAACAC